UUUGCAGCACAUUAGAGAACGGAAGACGAGGAACUACGCGGAGAAGCGCUGGGGCCAGGGGUCGGGCUGCAUGCGGGGUCCUGGAGAGUAUUAAUGGUUAUGGUAUCAUUGACGUAGGGAAAAAAACUGGAGACAAGCUGCAAGUAUUUUGCUUUUUGCCCACACUGUCAUUUUAAGUUAUUUCGAUCUGUCAGAAUAGGACGAGCAAAGGCGCUUUCAUUUUCCAUUUUAGUUUAAUGUUCGGUAUUCCGUCUGGGCACGUUGAACUCAUGGAGAAUAGACCGUGGUGAAGGUGCUGGGAAGCUGGGCUUUGAUUAAAGCUUUGCUCCAAGAAUUCAAGCUGGAUAAGCUUCCUGACUACCUCAGAGAUACAGUUGAUUGGUUUAUGGGCAAGGCGCGCCGGAAGGACCGCGAGAGCUCGGCGCCCUCGCAGGAGGAGCACAAGCUGUACCUGGAGGAGGCGGUGCUAGAACGGAAACACAGCGACACCGACCUCCGCCAGCUGGUCGACCUGCCGCCCGGGCUUGGCUACAACGAGUGGCUAGCCUCUCACACGAUCGACUUCUUCCAGCACAUCAACCUGGUGUAUGGCACGAUAUCCGAGUACUGCACCACGUCCUCGUGUCCGGACAUGAACGGACCAUGCCAGAGGCAAUACUUCUGGGUCGACGAGAGGGGAAAGAAAACAAAGACGACAGCACCUCAGUACGUCGAUUACGUGAUGACGUACAUCCAGAAGACGCUUAACGACGAGCCAGUAUUUCCCAGUAAACCAGUGAACGACUUUCCGACGGACUUUGAGGUGGUGGUGCGCCGCAUCUUCCGGCUGUUGUUCCACGUGCUGGCCCACAUCUACCACCACCACUUCCGCGAGGUGAUGUUGCUGACGCUGCACGCCCACCUCAACUGCAUCUUCGCCCACUUCACACUCUUCAACGAGCGCUUCAAGCUCAUCGACGAGAAGGAGACCGAGGUGCUGCACGACCUGGUGGUGGCGCUGAAGCUGGCGCCGCGCGCGUCGGCCGCGUCGGCCGCGGCUGCGGCGCCGCUCGCCGCUGCCGCCGCCGCCGACGGCGACGAGAACAAGGAGAACAUUGACGUGGCGAACGGUCGGGCGUCGGGGGGCGACAAGGCGGAGAGCAUGGAGACGGACCAGCCGGAGCCGGACGGCCGGCCUGCGCCCGCCGAGCCCUGCCAAUAGUGAUACGCCCCGCUCUGCGCCGCGCCGCGCCGCACGCGUCUUACCCUCGCCUCGUCCGUGGCCGGAGGGGCCCGGCCCGCACGCGCUCCGGGCCGCCUGCUGUAGGCGCCGCGCGCCACCGACGCCACCGCCGGGAUAAUUUAUUUUAACCAUAUUAGUUUCUUCUGCAAGCGCGUGACCUAGCUUGCAUCUAGUCGGUCUGUUGUGAUUGUUGGUACAAAUGUAGCGACAUUGUUUUGUGUGGCCGGUGGGGC